GGGGAGCAAAUUCGCUUGGAUCCAGCAUUUACGCUCUUACCAAAGAGAACCCAGGUAGCAAAGAAUAACAGCAGGAGUGUCGACACUCGCGCCCUCAUCUGCUCGCAGAAAGUCGCAACUGAAACUCGAAGCGGGCAAGCGGCAGUCCAAACCCUUAGAUUUCUCAAAAAUGUCGUCAUUUACUACACCUCUCUUUCUUUCCAUUCGAACCCCCGCAACCCCUAUUCCCUCUCUCUCUCUCUGCAUCUUCACACACUUUACGCCGGAUAACCGUCUUAUGCCACCAGCGCCCUCAUCUCCUCCUCCCCUCCUUAUAUUCUAGAUCCGUCUCAGUCCACCCGCUUCCAUGUCAUUCACCGAGCAGGAACUCGAGCCGCUAUUCUAUCUCAAAUAUCUCAGAGGAAAAGUUCAGAAUUUCUCAGAUAAUCUCUUGCAGGUGGUAUCAGAAUCCAUGGCCACGACUACUUGCCCUAACACAACCCAAUCCGAGGAUUGCCGGGACGAAUCCGCUGCGCUGAUUCUAAAGAUGAUCGCAAUUGCUACAAUUCUCAUCGCCGGAGUAGCUGGCGUGGCCAUUCCCCUGCUCGGAAAGAAGCGACGUUUUUUACGCACGGACGGGAAUCUGUUCGUUGCCGCUAAGGCCUUCGCUGCAGGCGUGAUAUUAGCAACUGGUUUCGUUCACAUGCUCCCGGAUGGGGCAUCUGCGCUUACCGACCCAUGCCUGCCUGAGACGCCAUGGUCGAAGUUUCCCUUCUCCGGAUUCAUCGCCAUGAUGGCUUCCCUCUUAACCCUUGUGAUGGAUUUCGUGGGAACUCAAUUCUACGAGCGGAAACAGGAGAACAAAGGAGCUGUUGCUGAGGUCGACGGGGAGGGGUCGUUGGAAACGGCUUUGAAUUCGGUAAUAGUUCCAGUUGCAAGGAUAGCAGAGAGGGAUCUUAACGGGAAGGUGUUCGGGGAAGAGGAAGGGGGAGGGAUGCACAUUGUGGGGAUGCACGCGCACGCGGCGCACCAUAGGCACAGCCAUCCGCACGGGCAGCAGGCUUGCGAUGGACACGUGGCUGAGCUCUCACACGGACAUUUGCAUGGGAUCGGUGACAGCGACGAGGAGAGCGAGAGUGGUGUUCGGCACGUUGUCGUCUCGCAGAUAUUGGAGCUUGGAAUUGUAUCGCACUCGGUGAUGAUAGGGCUGUCACUGGGAGUGUCGCAGAGCCCGUGCACCGUAAGGCCCUUGAUCGCGGCGCUGGCCUUCCAUCAAUUCUUCGAAGGGUUCGCACUUGGAGGGUGCAUAUCGCAAGCACGGUUUAAAUGGGCGUCGGCAAUGAUGAUGGCUUGUUUCUUCGCGAUAACGACACCGGUGGGGAUCGGCAUAGGGACAGGGGUGGCGUCCUUCUACAACCCCAACAGCCCGAGGGCGCUGGCCAUCGAGGGCAUUCUGGAUUCGGUUUCCGCGGGUAUCCUGGUGUACAUGGCCUUGGUGGACCUCAUUGCCGCUGAUUUCCUUAGCAAGAGGAUGAGGUGCAACGUACGUCUCCAAGUCAUCUCCUACUUGACCCUCUUCCUUGGUGCUGGAUUGAUGUCAUCUCUAGCUAUCUGGGCUUGAUCUCUCUCUUAGAAUCAAAAGGAAGAAAUCAACAAAAGAUGACAAGGGCGUGGACAUUUAUAAUUCAUUGUAUUCUUUUCAAUUUGGGAGGCCAAUUGGGGACAACAGGGAUGAAAUGGUUCCAUUGUCGGUUCAUGGUAGAGAAAAAAAAAAUCCUAUAAUGAUACACUUUUUUUUUGGUACAACGAAAUUCAUUCCUUCAAACUUCAAAGACGUUGGAUCAAAACUGACAUCACAAUUAGCUUAAAUCGAUCCAAGCACCCUGCCGAUGAUUGUCUCUCAUCAUUCGAGUUUCUUGCUCUUCGAUCUUCCUGCUAGACUUAUAAGCUGUGGAAACCUUGUAGUUCAGUCAGCUUUUGCAGGCUUUUAAAAUGAAUGUCAAGGAGAUGUUUGAUAAUAGUUGAUGCAGCUUAUUAUA